CGUGUGAACUGAUAGGGUUACAUGUAAUACAUAAACAACAAAGUACGGGUCAACAGGGCUGUAUUUAUGGCUACCACAUUCAUAUCUAGAGACAUAACAACAGGAUUUGAACCUGAAAAGCUCCGGAAAGAAAAGGCGGAACUAGCAACAUCAGCGGCAGAGUUCAAAUAUCAAGACAACUAUUCUAGCUUUGGCGACGGUUUAAUUGUUCUUUCCGAUGGCUACACUGCGGGCCGUAGACCACACGGAGCAACAUCUAGCGCCGACGUUACAGAACCCUUCCGACGCUCUGAGACCGACUGGUAUAUCCAGAACUCGGAAUCGCGAAACAGCACCAGAUUUAAACAAGAGGAUCUGAAAAAGACAUGUGUUGAGAAUUUACAAGUCGAUACAGAACUGUUCGACGCAGCGUUGAAAAUUCUAACCAAUGAUGGUAAUUCAAGCCCGACAGUUGACGAUAUAUUGACUUGUAUUGAGGAGAUACAUGCACGUGAAGUAGAAAUUAACAAAGAACCAGAAAGCCCAACAGAGGAGUAUAAAAGAUUAAGUACUAAGGUGAAAUGCCAGAAGUGCGAAGUGAAGGAAAGAAGCGCGUUAUUUAUCCCCUGCGGUCACCUUCAAAUUUGCAUCGAUUGCUCACGGGGCAUCACUAGAUGCACAGUCUGCAAUAAGACAGUGAGAAAAAUUGUCAAGACAUUCAUGGGUUGAAACAAAGACUGUUUACUGUCUGUGUUAAUUAAUAAGACUUAGGAAGCGCAGGUAUCGAGGUACAUUUUUUGAAAUAACAAUUAUUUGAAUAAAAAAUGUGUAUGUAAUGUUACUAAGUAUGGUAUUUUUAAAGAUCUCAAUUCUAUGCAUAGACAAUAUUAUUGUUAUUGUACUUCACAAUACGUUUGGACGUUUUAAAUCUCUAUAAAAUACCAGUAGAACAUGACGCUUUCGUUUUGUUAAAAUGUGGUUCACAAUGUUCGCGUAAAUCUAAAUAAAAAUAUUGUG